CGCCCCGGUCCUGCAGACGCUGCCGAUCAAAAGACAGUCCAGCUCGUCAGUCUCCAGGAACAGAAGGUCGGAACUGAUGCUGCGUGGGACCAAGCGCGUAGAGCAGUGGCUGGAACAGAGGCAAGCGGCUAGGGGUAUAAGGUGAGUACGUCUCCGUGGGUCCUGCCUGAUAAAUACAGUAUUACAGGGGUUGGAGACCUGACGGCCGGUGCACGAUGACGUAGCACGGCAGAAUGAUUUUUCAAUGGAGACCAGAUGAAUUAUAUGGAUGACUUUUUUUUAAAGCGUCUUAUUAGGCACGAUAAAUGAUUUUGAAAUCCUAAUUUUGCUCAAUAAUACCUAUUAUUAUUAUUAUUGUUCGUCCAUCGAAGAUCGACGAUGACCAUCGAGUCGUCUUGUGACUGAUGACUUACGCGGUUGACUUUUGUUUAAAGUGAGGAAGAGUUGCGCGGCGUCAACCUCACUCUCUCGUCCGGGCCCACCAUAUGCAGUGGCAAGACUGUACGUCAAGACGACCAGAGAUGGGUACGGUUUCAGGAAUUGUCAUUGUAUGCGCCUUACGGAACUCCAACUGCGGGUUUGAAUUCAGAGUUUCUUUCUCUUAGAUGAGUUGCCGACCAAGGUUAACGAGUCUCAUCCUAUAAAACAAAAAAAGGUUAUCGCCCCCUGCAGUAUUAACACAACGCUGACAGCCCCUGCAGUAGUUUAUGUAUGUAAGCAGAGGCGUAGCGAGGGUUUUUGGCACCCGGGGACAACAUUCGCGCCCGCGGACAAGAUCCAUUUUAAAGCGCCCCUUUUUCUUUUUUUUUCAACUCUCAAACCCAUUAUUUUCAUCAAGAAAAUAAUAUCAACGCACAUUUUGGCGCCCCCACCGGUUGGCGCUUGGGAACAUCUGUCCCCCCUUCCCCCCCCCCCCUCCGCUCGCUACGCAUCUGUAUGUACGCUCAAUUCUUAGGGUUUCUGAACAAGACGAGUAAGGGGUGGACUGGGGAGUUCAAGCGGCCCGGGAAAAAAUCAAAGCGGCCUGGGGAAAAAAAAAAAAAAAGCGGCCCUACCUUCAUCACUUUUAUUUUUAUUAUACCACCAGUCCUAGCGGCCCAUCGGGAAUCUUCCCGGUGUCCCGGCGGCCCAGUCCACCCCUGAGACGAGUCGAAUAUUUUGGAAUGCUUCAUAGCAGUCUCACUAAAAAUCGAUGGUGGUAGCGGGUGUAAGUGCAGAUGUUAAAAUCAGAUUUCGACGUAUCGAAUGGUAAUAAAUAACACAGCGUGAGUCUCGCGUCAAGUUGACAUUUCUGACGCCUCUAACCUUUCGAGAGAGCCGGUUUACGCUGCAAAUCAACCCCCACGACCUUACGCGGUCAGGGGCGAUACACUAGGAGGCAUAGUUACCGUAUUCACCGUUCUUAAAGACCCCAAACUAGACCACACCAGCCACACCAGUGUGGUCAAGAAACGGGUCAAACGUCAGAUCUCUAUCCUCAGUCACGUGAGUGUCGACCAGCCGAUCAUCACGGGGUCGAAGGGUUGCCUGGCCGACGUCCUGGAUCAACAGAUCGUUAUCAUGCGCCGGAGACACUUCGCCACGCAGACAGACUGGACUUGGAAGAUGAUGGCCGAGAGAUGGCGCCACGGGAGAAUCGUGAUGGGUCAUUAUUAAAAUAAUAAUUUAUUUGUGAGCAGUGUUGGGUCGCAGUGAAAGGUGUGUGUGUGGGGGGGGGGAGAGACUACUUCCUGGCAUGCCAGAUUUUUUGUUUAGUUUGUUGGAGUCACUAACAGAAUAAAGAGUCAUAUAUUUAUUGUACCUGACGCGGUAGGGGCAGCUUAUAAUUCUCCCCCCCCCCCCAACCCCUAUUUUUAUUUCAUUUUUAACAAACUUCAUUUCAAGCUAUAGUCUGCUUUGAACAAAAUGUCUGAGCUUAUAAUUCUCCCCCCCCCCCAACCCCUAUUUUUAUUUCAUUUUUAACAAACUUCAUUUCAAGCUAUAGUCUGCUUUGAACAAAAUGUCUGUUUUUGAACAAAUUUCUUUCGUAAAGUUUUUCGGUGGUAACCAGCAUCAGGUGCUGAGGUUUCAUCGUUGGUGUGGAGCAUGUUUCCCUACUCAGACUCACUCUUAGUCAGCUUUAACAGGGUCUAAGUCAUAGUCGCACAUCCUUUACUUCGGAGUCACACAUCCCAAAUUAGCGCCAAACAUCUUAAUUUAGAGUCAGACAUCUUAAGUCCAAGUCAUACGGUCUAAGUCUGAAGCGUUACAUCCCAUAACGGAGUCCCGCAUCUUAGUAAGAGUUACUCUCUUCGGGCUAGAACUAAAAUUGAGAGCCCUUAUCAUCACGAAUUGGAAUCACACAUCCUAAAUUUAGAGUUACAUAACCGAAACCAGAGUACGCCGAAAUCGGAUUAAUAGAGCCUAAGUUGGAACCGAUGUCAGAUUAUGUCACAUAAUAUUGCCUCAUAUCGAUUACCAAAUCACUAUUUAAUUAAGAACAUUUUAUGUUGGUUCUUUUCCUAUACAUAGAAAUGUCUAACAUAACACCCGUUUAACCGGAUCAACAAUUCGUUUCUUGCAUUGUAUUCAGGUCUACAAUUCAAGUCUGAACUCAAAUCAUUCAAAACAAAUUUAUGCAUAUUAAAACGGACAAUUCAUUAGUUAACAGGCGAUAGAAUAUAAUAGCCCUAGAUGCCUUGACACAACCCUGGACACAUCUCACGACACAUGCAACGACACAUCCCUUGACAACCCAUGGACAAUCCAACGAUACAUCCAAUGACACAUCCCUUGACACAUCUCACGACACAUCCCUGGACACAUACCAUGACACAUCCCACGAUACAUCCAACGAUACAUCCCUUGACACAUCUCACGACACAUCCCUGGACACAUCUCACGACACAUCCCUGGACACAUACCACGACACAUCCCACGAUACAUCCCACGAUACAUCCCACGAUACAUCCCACGAUACAUCCCUUGACACAUCUCACGACACAUCAGACGACACAUCCCUGGACACAUCUCACGACACAUCCCUGGACACAUACCACGACACAUCCCACGACACAUCCAACGAGACAUCCAACGACACAUCCCCGGACACAUCCCCUUGACACAUCCCACGACACCCGACUAUCAUUCCACUACAAGCGUCGUAUCCAGACAACAAUAAGAAGCAAGCCACGUGACCACCAAUGUUAAGUCAUCCUAGAAGACAUUCUUUAAACAUGUUGACGCAGACUACCGUAGUCAAAGGCCGUUCAUUUGCCCUGCCCUACUCUCCCUUUAACCAUAUGUUUGGAUGAUGAUAGUCGGCCUACUGAUGUGUAUUCAUUUUAUAGAAAUACAGCUGAGCCACCAUUUUGUGAUCGUUAUGCAUAUGCUUUCAUUUUCGCGUUUCAGCAACCGUCACAAGCAUUGUACCUUUCGCAUUCAGG